AGACCGUUUUUAUUGGAAACAAGGCGUUUCAUCUUAAUCCUCAGGGGUGAUAACACAUCUGCAUUCUGAUCUUUAAUAGAGGAUAGACCUAUCAUAUAUUAAUCGAAAUAGGUGGACUGCGUGCUCGAUUGUCACCCUUAAUCUAUGAAAUGAAAAUUGUGAUUUUCAUAUUUUUCUUCACCUUUCACCUUCUAUACUAUUGUAAACCUAUUAUGCAUAUUUUAGAAUAUGUUGCAAAAUAACCCUGUGUAAUUAUGUUACAGAUCAAGCAAUUUAUUAACAAUAUUUGGAAAGGAAAUUAUAAUAUAGUUCUUAUUAAAAUAUGCCGUCCCUCGGAAUUACUGUUUUCCUUCUGCUCACUCUCGGCGGAGUAAUUACUCAAAAAGAUGGCGUCAAGUGUUUUGAUGAGAGGAGCAACUUCGUAGGACGCUGUAAGCUUCUACGUGACUGUCCAUCAGCUGAGAGCCAUUUCUCGUCCACAGGAAUAUAUCCAGUGUUUUGUGAAUAUUCUGUUAGAAAAAUUCUUGUGUGUUGUAGAGAAACAGGGACAUGGUCACCUCCCUCACACGAGCCUGUUGAGGAAGACAGACCUACGUGGGGCUUUGUAAAUCAUAACCACGUCAGGAAACGCGUCAGCGAGCGUAAAUGUGAGCUCUUUAGCAAAGCCGUGGUGCAGCAGGUUGACUUCAUCAGCCUCAUUCCUGAUCCUGAUCCCAUAUCGAUAUCUGCUGCCGACUGUAACUAUACUGGCGUAGAACUUAUCGUUGGUGGAGUGAACGCUCGGCAAGGGGAAUUCCCUCACAUGGCGGCCAUAGGCUGGCUAGACUACGAUGAUAGCUACGCAUUCAGCUGCGGUGGCAGCCUCAUCAGCGAACGAUUCGUGGUUACAGCCGGCCAUUGUACCAAGAAGCCCAGGUCUGGGGAGCCGACCAUCGUACGUCUCGGCGAACAAAACUUAGAUCCCGAUGUGAGGGAUGGAGCUACACCAAUCGAUGUACGAAUUAGGGCGAUCCACAAGCACCCGGACUACAAGCCGCCAAACCGUUACAAUGAUAUCGCUCUCCUGGAGUUAGAGGAAGACGUCAAGUUCAACGAUAACAUACGACCUGCUUGCUUGUGGACGAAGGAGAACUUCGGAGGGCACAAGAAGGCCUUGGCGACCGGCUGGGGAGUUACUAAUCCCGACACUCAACAAACUUCAAAAGAGCUCCAGAAGGUGUCGCUUACUCUGCUUACCAAUGAGUACUGUGAUCGCAUCUUGAGCAGGAACAGGCACUGGCACGGCUUCGCACCCUCGCAGAUGUGUGCAGGGGAGUUACGUGGGGGGAAGGAUACCUGUCAGGGUGACUCCGGUGCUCCCCUCCAAGUGGUAUCACAAGAAAACCAGUGCCUCUUCUACGUUGUCGGUGUUACGUCCUUCGGUGGAAAAUGCGCUCAGAUUGGCCAACCCGCCAUUUACACUAGAAUCUCCAGCUAUCUAGACUGGAUAGAGAGUGUGGUGUGGCCAGGAGAAUAGUCCGUUGUUUUCAAACUAGGUUAGGUAUCGAAUAAACCUCAUUUUCAAGGUUUUAUCUCGUUACAUAUGACAGGUACUUUUCUACGUGGUAGGGCCAUGUUGCAACUAUAUUACAGUUGCAUUACGAAUGGGUCGGCUCGACCGGGGGGACAUCACUCUCACAGAAAACCAACCCAAAAUAGAAGUUUAAUGCUACUGUGUUUCGUUUGGUGAGUGUAGAGAACUAAAGACUCAUUUUACCGGUAACGGGGCAUUCUAUCGAUCCCUCAGGGAUGAAAAUAUAUCUAUCUAUACUUAGAUUUUUCGAGGAUAAAUGUAGUUGUCUAUGGGCCACAGUAUGCUCUUACAAUAAGGUGGACUGUGGGCUCGUUUGUCACACUUAUACAGUAAAAAGAUUUAUACUUAUUUAUUUGUAAUUCUCGGUGUUUCCCCCGAGCAUGUUGUAGAGAAAUUAAACACAAUAAAAUCCGUAAAAUUAGUUUUAUUCCUUAAGUAGUAUUCGUGUAAAUAUAACAAAUAAUUAAUAAGUUCAAUAAUUAGAAUAAUAAUAUAAUAAAUAUAUUGUUUACA